UAAUUCUGAUGCAAGAAAUUGUUGAGGGAGUGAAGAAUUUUUUUUUUUUCAAGAUAUAUUGGGAUUGGCUCUGUUAAUAGGAAAAUUCUUCUCUGAUUCCCAAUCCUUGGGUACUUUUCAUUAGUAAUUACUAGUUCAUGGGUUUGUUUUGGAUUUUGGAUUAUUUUUACUGUCAACAAUUAUAUAGAUUAAAAGAAUAAAUGGAAUGUUAAUUUUCUUGAGGAAGCUGAGUGCCUCAGUGUGACCAAAUUUCGAAUCAUAUGGGUCCCAUAUGGGCCACUGAAGGCCUCUACCUGCUCCAUUGUUCAUGGAGGGUGUUUUGAGGUUUUAACCCAGCACUUCUCCUUUUGUUGCAGUUACCUGGCUGAGCAGUGCUGGAAUGGCGGCUUCAUCUACCUGAUCAUGCUGCGUCGCUUUAAGCACAAAGUCCAUUCUCCUUAUAAUGGCAACAGCAGCAACAGCUCUGAACCAGGAGAGACACCGACCUUGGAGCUGGGUGACCGAACUGCGAAAAAAGGAAAAAGAACGAGGAAGUUUGGGGUCAUUUCCAGACCUUCUACCAACAAGGCCAGUGAAGAUUCCAAGAGCAGUACUGGCUGUGAGUUAGACAAUGACCCCAGCUCUGAGCUGGACAAUGGCCCAGACCCUGACCUUGGAAAUGGUCAUGUCUUUGAACUAGAAGAUGGCCCAGAUACCCUCAAGGAGGUGGCCAGAUCCCAUCUAGAGAGGUCAGAAGUGGGCAAAGGGACAGAGCACAGAAUUCCAAAGACUGAUGCCCUUCUGUCUACAAGUCAUGACAAACGCUGCCUUUCAAAAUCUGGGAAGACAGACUUCCAAUCAAGUGACUGCCUGGCACGGGAGGAAGUUGGCCGGAUAUGGAAGAUGGAGCUGCUCAAAGAAUCGGAUGGGCUGGGAAUUCAGGUUAGUGGAGGCCGAGGAUCAAAGCGCUCACCUCACGCUAUCGUUGUCACUCAAGUGAAGGAAGGAGGUGCCGCUCACAGGGAUGGCAGACUGUCCUUAGGAGAUGAGCUGCUGGUCAUUAAUGGUCACUUAUUGGUUGGGCUGUCUCACGAGGAAGCUGUGGCCAUUCUUCGUUCAGCCACUGGAAUGGUUCAGUUGGUUGUGGCCAGCAAGGAGAGCUCUGCAGAGGACAUCCUCAGGUUAACAUCCAAGAGUUUGCCAGAUCUGACCAGCUCGGUGGAGGAUGUGUCCUCUUGGACCGACAAUGAAGACCAGGAGCCAGAUGGGGAAGAGGAGGAAGGAACCGGCUCAUCUUCUGUCCAGGGAGCAAUGCCUAGGACAGACGGUCCCCAAGAUCCGUGCGGCCCUGAGGAACCCAAGGGGAACUUGGAAAGUCCCAAACAGGGCAGCAAUAAAAUGAAACUCAAGAGCCGUCUUUCAGGGGGUGUACACCGUCUUGAAUCUGUUGAAGAGUAUAAUGAGCUGAUGGUGCGAAACGGGGACCCCAGGGGUAGGAUGUUGGAGGUCUCCCGAGAUGGCCGAAAGCACUCUCUUCCCCAACUGCUGGACUCUUCUGGAGCCUCACAGGAAUACCACGUCGUGAAGAAGUCAACCCGCUCCCUAAGCGCUACUCAGGUGGAAUCCCCGUGGAGACUUAUCCGGCCGUCGGUUAUCUCCAUCAUUGGCCUGUACAAAGAAAAAGGCAAGGGCCUUGGCUUUAGCAUUGCUGGAGGUCGAGACUGCAUUCGAGGACAGAUGGGGAUUUUUGUCAAGACCAUUUUCCCAAAUGGAUCAGCUGCAGAGGAUGGAAGACUUAAAGAAGGGGAUGAAAUCCUAGAUGUAAAUGGCAUACCAAUAAAGGGCUUGACAUUUCAAGAAGCCAUUCAUACCUUUAAGCAAAUCCGGAGUGGAUUAUUUGUCCUAACGGUACGCACAAAGUUACUGAGCCCCAGCCUCACGCCCUGCUCCACACCCACACACAUGAGCAGAUCCAGCUCCCCCAACUUCAACACCAGUGGGGGCACCUCGGUGGCAGGCUCCGAUGAAAGCGGUUCUUCAUCCCUGGGCCGAAAGACCCCUGGGCCCAAGGACAGGAUUGUCAUGGAAGUAACCCUCAACAAAGAGCCAAGAGUUGGAUUAGGCAUUGGUGCCUGCUGCCUGGCUCUAGAAAACAGCCCUCCAGGCAUCUACAUCCACAGCCUUGCCCCAGGAUCAGUGGCCAAGAUGGAAAGCAAUCUGAGCCGUGGAGAUCAAAUCCUGGAAGUGAACUCAGUCAAUGUUCGCCAUGCUGCUCUAAGCAAAGUCCACGCCAUUUUGAGCAAGUGUCCCCCAGGACCCGUUCGCCUUGUCAUCGGCCGUCACCCUAAUCCAAAGGUUUCUGAACAGGAAAUGGAUGAAGUGAUAGCACGCAGCACUUACCAGGAGAGCAAAGAGGCCAGUUCCUCGCCUGGCUUAGGUACUCCCUUGAAGAGCCCUUCCCUUGCAAAAAAGGACUCUCUUAUUUCUGAAUCUGAACUCUCCCAGUACUUUGCCCAAGACGGCCCGGGCCCCUUGUCAGACUUUGUGGUGGCCUGCUCCGAGGACGAGGAUCACCCGGGAGGUGGCUGUAGCACUUCAGAGGAUGGCAGCCUGCCCCCCAGCACUCCCCCUCACAAGGAACCAGGAAAAGCCAGGGCCAACAGCCUUGUGUCUCUCGGAAGCCAGAGGGCCUCUGGGCUCUUCCAUAAGCAGGUGACCAUUGCCAGACAAACCAGCCUCCCUGGAAGCCCACAGGGCCGCCGAAACCCUCUCCUCCGUCAGAGAAGGGUGGGCUGCUAUGAUGCUGAUGAUGCCAGCGAUGAGGAAGAUUUUGAUGGAGAACAGGACUGUGUUUCACUCCCAGAGACCCUCUCAGGUCCCAGCAGGCCUCAGACAGAGGAUGACCCUGGGCAUGUCAUUACAACCUUGCCCAAGGUCCUGGAUAUCAACGGUCUGGAGAAACAACCCCAGCAAACCCUGGUCAGCAAGGCCUCUUCAGCACCUUUCCUUGGCAGCUUGUUGGACAUAGAGAAGAGUGCUCCAGGGGAUGUGGUGGACUCUUCUUCCCACGUAGCUAACCUGCUGGACUCUACAGAGGCCCCCAAGGGUGGCCCUGGCUGCCCAGGGAAGAAGGAGCCGUCAGAAUGGAGGAGUUCACCCAAAUUGGAAUACAAAGCCAGUACAGGUGCCCAGAGUCUCAAGAGGAUGGAGUGCCCCAGUCCCCCCCAGCAGAAGAAUGAAUACCUGGGGCCCAGGCACAAGCCGGUGGCCAGGAUCAGCCCACACUGCAAGAGGCCCACAGCAGAGGCUAGGCCCAGUGGCUCGGAGACAGCAGACCUGGCUGACAAAGUCGAUGAAUCGUGUGCUCCGGACUUGAAGAUCCAGGCUACUUCCUUAAAAGUGACCAUCGCUGGUUUUCAGCCAGGUGGAACUGCAGAGAGGGAAUCUCUGGGAAAGCUGAGCGUUGAGGAUGGUUGUGUCCCUACCGAAGGAGAGCCAGCCAGGGCUCUGUCCCACCCGGAGGCCGACCACCUCACAGAGAGCCUGCCUGCAGCUAUACCAGUGGGGGUGCAACAACCUGUGACGGGUAAGAUUGUUGUAUCAUUUGUUAAGCUUAAAGAUAGGAGAGUAGACAUUAUCCUGAUAAAAGCAUUGUGAGUGGAGAAUUUUGAGUGGAGGGGGGUGUGGAAUCGCUAAAGGCAAACUAAGGACAUGUAAAAGCUACCUGCAUUUACUAGUGCCUGGGCAGUGCAAAUGAUGAAUGCCCUUGGCUACUCACUGAAAGGUUGAUAGUUUGAGUCCAUCCAGAGGUGCCUUGGAAGAAAGGCCUAGCAAUCUACCUCUGAAAAAUCAGCGCUUGAAAACCCUAUGGAGCACAGUUCAGCUGUGACACACACGGGGUUGCCAUGAGUCAGAACCAACUGAGUAGCAAUGUAUUACCUGCAUUUAACAAUUUUGUUCGUGGUGGUUGCCAUCAAGUUGAUUCCAACUCGUGGCCACGCCGCAUGUGUUACAGAUAGAACUGCUCCACAGGGUUUUCUUGGCUGUGAUCUUAACAGAGAGGAACCCUGGUGGUACAAUGGUUA